CUUUGGCCCGUCGUGGUGCACAGUCGUGCGCCACGGCGUACCCGUGCCCAUGCGGUUUAGGUAUUCGGAUGUUGCCUGGCUGAAGGGUUUAUAGCUAGCCGUUUUGGCUCAAUACCUCUUCCAGCGACAGUGGGGAAGUUUGCUAAGGAGUCAUGGAUCCAAGUUCCCCACGUGUGGUGGGCGCAGUUCUCGCCGUGUGGGUGGCCCUUAGCGCAAGCCUCAUCAUCUUCAAUGCUGAACUACUGAACAGUUUCCGGCAUCCAGUCCUGCUGACUUGUUGGCAUCAGUUUGUUAGUGUCGUCUUGAUUUUGUGUGUGCGCGCAGCAUUCCCAUCGCUAGUCUCAACGGGCGACCCCGAGAGAGGCAUUGCUCCCCUGACCCUGUGGUCGGCCGUGGGAAUGGGGCUGCCCGUGGCGGUGUGCCAGAGCAUCGGCUUAGUGUCUGGCAACACGGCGAUCAUGUAUUUGAGCGUUGCGUUUUGCCAGAUGAUCAAGGCGUUCACCCCCGCGUGCGUGUACGCGAGCGGCUGCGCCUUCGGCACCCAGCAGUGGUCGGUCCCGAUCGCGAAGUGCCUGUUCAUCAUCACCUUCGGCCUGAUGGUCACCAGCUUAGGCGAGCUGAACUUUAACUUGUUCGGCUUCGUGAUGCAGGUGAUAGCCUUGGUAUCGGAGGGCCUGCGCAUCACCUUCCUGGAGCUGCGCUUGAAGGCUCAGGGGCACAAGCUGAACGCGCUGUCCUCAGUGAUGGUGUUCGCCCCAAUGGUCUGCGUGAUGUUGUUCCUCUCGGCUCUGGUCUUUGAUCAGUCGGCCUUCGACGUGGAGCAGAUCGCCGAGAUCGGCGUGGGAAUCUUCGGUGCCAACGCAGUCGUGGCCUUCCUGCUGAACGUCGCGAUCUACCUGGCCAUCCAAUGCGCCUCUGGCCUUGUCUUUACGCUGGCGGGGAUCUUGAAGGACUUCCUGAUCGUUGCUGGGAGCUGCGCGCUCCAAGGCACCCAGAUAUCGACAACCCAGCUCGUCGGGUACACGAUGGCGCUGGCGGGUCUCCAGGCGUACGGCGUGGUCAGCAGGUCCCCGUCGGAUUUCGAGGACGGGGUCGUGAUGGCAAUGCUCCGGAAGGCUCUCGACGGCGAGAAGGAGGCCAGCGAGCCUUUGAGCCAGAUCUCCACGGAGCCGGGAGAGCCGAACAGCUUUGAGGACGACGAGGAGUCGAGCCAUGGCCAGGCCAAGUCAGGGGCAGCUUGGCUCGGGAACUGGAGUGAAGACACCCGCGCUGUCGAAGUGGUAGGUUGAAGGCACAGGUGCCAGCAGUUCCGGUCCAUUUUGUAGUCUGGCUGCGGGCAAGCGUGCUUACAGAGCGUGUCGGGAAUCAGGGGCCGUUCUCCCACCACGCUCCCCGAUAGUUGCGGAGUAGGGGGUGCGAUUCAUCCGUCUUCCCGCCCGUUUUUCUGAGCAGCGCGCACUCCGUACCUCAGAGUGCAUUCAAAGUUGCAGAGGGGUGCAGACCUAAAGUGGCUGUUCUCGCAUGUAUUUCGAACUGCUGUCUUCUGUACUCCAUUUUGUACUCUACGCGGGCAGUCGGAUAUGCAACGACAUUUCGAUUGUGCACCGUUCGCGCGUAGUUUAAGGACCAGUGCAGCAGUGGGCUUGGGUUUCAGCGAUGCCGCCUUGCAGCUGUGCUGCUAUCUCCCAGUACAUUUGUAGUUUUAGGAUUUGUUGUCUGGCUUCAGUCGCAAAGCCGAGAGGGCCCGCAGAUGGUUUCUGUAAUGUGAUAGCGCCACGUACCUGUGGACUCACUCAUUCGCUCCUCCUGUUUCUGUGAUCGUGUUUUUGCCUGGCUUUGGGGCAUUGGGGCUGUGGGGCAGAGUCUGGUGUCUGGAUAUUCGGCAGCAUCGAGAUGUACACGGGAUGGUUCUGCCGUGGAU